UUGUCUGUUAUAUGUAUAUAUAAUCAUGUAAUCUUUGCUUCGAAGCUUUGGUUGAUGGGGUGGGAACUGGGAAGCUUUCGGUUUCAGCUGAUGUAUGUACAUGUAUUAAUUGCUAUAGCAAGCUAGCUAGUAGCACUUAGGCCUUAGCGGCAAUCAAAACCCUUUCCAACGUUUCCAUGUCCCAAUUAAAUAUUAGCCCAAUGUACAAAUUUAAAAUUAAAAAGAAAGAAAGAAAAGGAUGAAAAAUGAUGGGCUGCAUUGCAAGUCCAGUGGAUGCACGUCAUGUAUAAAUUGUGUCAUUCUUCAGUUGCUAAGCAAAGUCUGAGUUUGUUAAAUUGCCUUUGCCGACUCAAUGUAGUUGCAAUUGCAGCAGGAAAUUAGCUUUCAGUUUAAUGGUGAUGGGGCCACUCCUUUAUCCAACAUAUAUAUUCUCCUAGUUGUAAAGACAUUUCUGUGUCACCAAACCAACCAAAUAUCGAUGGCGAUAUCAUAUCAUAUGAUACAUCGUGUGUCUCAUGUAUGUAACUCAGUAGCCAUGUAAACAGAGUCAACUCAGCAACCAUACCAUAAGCCAUGCAACUUCAAGUUGACAGAUCCUACCGAGUCAACUCGGUUGACAUGCAAACAGCUAUCUCAAGAUCCAACUGGAAGAAGACGUGGUGUCAUACAAGUCAAGAAUGGACAGCUAACUAGGUUGACUGUCAAACAGCCAAAGGUUGAUAUUUUCUCGUACAUUGUACUUGCAAAACGUAACUAAAAGCUAAAAUCCAAUUUUCCUUUUCUCAAUCUCUGCCUCCGCCUCCAAAAACGUCCCUGCAAAGAAGAAGAGCCAAAUGGAGGAGGUGUGUGAGGGAAAGGACUUCUCCUUCCCUUCCCAAGAGGAGCACAUCCUCUCCUACUGGUCCCAUAUCGAUGCUUUCAGGGGUCAGAUGGCUCGCACCCGCAACUUACCCGAAUACAUUUUCUACGAUGGUCCACCUUUCGCCACUGGCCUCCCUCAUUACGGCCACAUCCUCGCCGGCACCAUUAAAGAUAUCGUCACUCGCUACCAGUCCAUGACUGGCCACCACGUCACCCGCCGCUUCGGUUGGGACUGCCAUGGCCUCCCUGUUGAGAACGAGAUCGACCGCAAGCUGGGAAUCAAGCGCCGGGAUCAGAUUCUGAACAUGGGCAUCGAUAAGUACAACGAGGAGUGUAGGAGUAUAGUUACCAGGUAUGUGGAGGAGUGGGAGACCAUCGUCACCAGGACUGGGCGUUGGAUUGAUUUCAAAAAUGAUUACAAGACUAUGGACUUGAAAUUUAUGGAGACUGUCUGGUGGAUUUUUUCUCAGCUUUACCAAAAGGGACUUGUCUAUAAAGGCUUUAAGGUCAUGCCAUACAGCACGGGGUGCAAGACCCCGCUAUCUAAUUUUGAAGCCGGUUUGAACUACAAGCUUGUGCCUGAUCCUGAAAUAAUGGUUGCUUUCCCCAUAGUUGGUGAUCCAGAUAAUGCUGCUUUUGUGGCUUGGACAACAACACCAUGGACCCUCCCUGGCAAUCUAGCACUUUGUGUCAACGCAAAUUUUGUCUAUGUGAAGGUUCGCAAUAAGUACUCUGGAAAAAUCUAUGUGGUUUCUGAGUCGAGGUUGUCUGAGCUUCCAACCGAGAAACCAAAGUUUGAUGCUGCUAAUGGACCUUCUGGUGAUUCCAAGAAAUCUAAGACCAAAGGAUCUUCAGGUGAAAAAACUAAAGAUUCUGGAGCAGAUUCCUAUGAAGUCUUAGGCAAAUUCUCCGGUGCUUCACUGGUGGGGAUGAAGUAUGAACCAUUGUUCAACUACUUCUUGGAGUUCUCAGAUGUUGCUUUUAGGGUAAUUGCUGACAAUUAUGUAACAGAUGACAGUGGGACUGGAAUUGUUCACUGUGCUCCUGCGUUUGGUGAAGAUGACUACCGGGUUUGCAUUGGGAAUCAAAUAAUCAAUAAGGGAGAGAAUCUGAUUGUACCAGUUGAUGAUGAUGGUUGCUUUACUGGGAAAAUUACCGAUUUUCAUGGGUGCUAUGUUAAGGAUGCUGAUAAGGAUAUUAUUGAAGCAGUAAAGGUAAAAGGCAGGCUUGUUAAGCUUGGAACCUGUACACAUUCUUAUCCCUUUUGUUGGAGAUCUGAUACUCCUCUUAUCUAUAGAGCUGUUCCGAGCUGGUUUGUGUGGGUGGAACAACUGAAAGAGCAACUAUUAGAAAACAACAAACAGACCUACUGGGUACCCGAUUAUGUGAAGGAUAAACGUUUUCACAAUUGGCUGGAAAAUGCAAGAGACUGGGCUAUUAGUCGAAGUAGAUUUUGGGGCACUCCAAUUCCUGUGUGGAUUAGUGAAGAUGGUGAGGAAGUAAUAGUCAUGGAUUCUGUUGAAAAACUUGAAAGGCUUUCUGGUGCUAAGGUCUUUGAUCUCCAUCGUCACAAUAUUGAUCAUAUCAUUGUACCUUCUACCCGUGGUCUAGAGUUUGGUGUGCUACGACGAAUAGAUGACGUAUUUGAUUGUUGGUUCGAGAGUGGAUCAAUGCCUUAUGCUUACAUCCAUUAUCCAUUUGAAAAUGUUGAACUUUUUGAAAAAAAUUUUCCUGGGCAUUUUGUGGCUGAGGGGCUAGAUCAAACUCGUGGAUGGUUUUACACUCUUAUGGUGUUGUCAACUGCAUUAUUUGGAAAACCUGCAUUCAGAAAUCUGAUUUGCAAUGGACUUGUCCUUGCUGAAGAUGGAAAGAAGAUGAGUAAAAGAUUGAAAAAUUAUCCUUCACCCAUGGAAGUCAUUAAUGACUAUGGAGCUGAUGCUUUACGGUUGUACCUAAUAAACUCCCCAGUUGUUCGGGCUGAGACCUUGCGUUUUAAAAAGGAAGGAGUUUUUGGUGUUGUGAAAGAUGUCUUCCUCCCAUGGUAUAAUGCAUAUAGGUUUCUUGUUCAGAAUGCAAAAAGACUUGAGUAUGAGGGUUCUGCCCCAUUUGUUCCUAUUGUUCUCACUGUUCUUCAGAAGUCAUCUAACGUGCUCGACCAGUGGAUAAACUCUGCAACCCAAAGUCUUGUUCACUUUGUUCGUGAGGAAAUGGAUGCCUAUCGACUUUACACGGUGGUUCCGUAUCUAUUGAAGUUUCUUGAUAACCUUACGAAUAUAUAUGUGAGAUUCAACCGUAAGAGACUAAAAGGCCGUACCGGAGAGGAAGAAUGCCACACUGCUCUCUCUACUCUCUAUAAUGUGCUUCUAACUUCAUGUAAGGUUAUGGCCCCCUUUACACCGUUCUUCACUGAGGUUCUUUAUCAAAACAUGCGAAAAGUUUGUGAUGGAGCGGGGGAAAGCAUUCAUUAUUGUAGUUUUCCUCAAGAAGAAGGAAAGAGAGGGGAGCGAAUUGAAGAAAGUGUGGCAAGGAUGAUGAAGAUAAUUGAUGUUGCUCGUAACAUUCGUGAGCGUCACAACAAACCUCUCAAAACACCUCUCAGGGAGAUGGUAGUUGUUCAUAAAGAUGAAGACUUUCUUGGUGACAUAGCUGGCAAACUAAGAGAGUAUGUAUUGGAGGAGCUCAAUAUAAGGUCUCUUGUUCCAUGCAAAGACACUUUGAAGUAUGCUUCUGUACGUGCUGAGCCCGAUUUUAGUGUAUUAGGUAAGCGACUAGGGAAAUCUAUGGGAGUUGUUGCCAAGGAAGUCAAAGCCAUGUCCCAGGAAGAUAUCUUAGCUUUUGAGAAAGCUGGGGAGGUGACUAUUGCUACGCACUGUUUGAAGCUUACUGAUAUUAAGCUUGUGUGGGAGUUUAAACAUCCUGAUGGCAUGACAGUUGAAGAGAUGGAUGCUGCUGGAGACGGUGAUCUUUUGGUGAUUUUGGAUUUACGUCCUGAUGAGUCAUUGUUUGAAGCUGGUGUUGCACGUGAGGUUGUUAAUAGAAUUCAAAAAUUACGAAAGAAAGCUGGCUUUGAACCAAUGGAUACGGUGGAGGUCUAUCUUGAGUCCUUGGAUGAAGAUAAGUCAGUCAUCCAACAAGUUUUGAACUCACAGGAAAACUACAUUAGGGAUGCAAUUGGAUCUCCAUUGCUUUACUCUAAUAUGAUGGCACCGCAUACAGUUGUGCUUUGUGAAGAGAAUUUCGAAGGCAUUUCUAACAUGUCAUUUAAAAUAAGCUUGGCUAGACCUGCCCUAUUUUUCAAGUCAAAUGCUAUUGUUGCAAUAUGUGCAGGAGAUACCAAAUUUGCACAAAGUCUGCAGAGUUACCUUCUAUCAAGGGACUAUUCUUGUUUGAAAUCCGAGUUUCAACUUGGACAGGGCAAGAUGAAAGUUGAUUGCAUUGAAAAUCAGCCUGCAGUGGAAGUGACACUGGGAGAACACGUAUUCUUGACGGUGGGAGAUUACUACUUGACGGCAAAAAAGGGCUGUUGAUAUUCCUUCCACUUUCCAUUGCAGGGGAUCAAUACAAAUUUACACAAACCUGACAGCAUACGCUCAUAGUAACUUCUCUGUUGUACAGACUACAGAUAAUAAAAUAGAGUGAAAAACAUUCUUAUUUUGAAAAACUAAUGCAACUUUUUCAUCGUAUAAACAUCAUCAGCGUGGUUGCUGUGAAGAAUUGUAGAUUUUCAUUUUUUUUUUUUUUUUGGCAUUAAGGUCUUGAUGUUUGCAGAAAACUUUUUUUUGGAUUAUCGACUUUUCUUUUUAAAUCCACAUGCGAAAGUAUCAAGCUCAAAAAUCAUAUUUACCAUUGGCUAAUUUGACUUCACUUCUUUCAUAUUCAACAUCGUUUGCU